AUGGUCCCUAUUGUAUUCCACUGUGGGUUAUGCAUGUGUUCCAUGCACCCGGAGCUGGAGAAUUUGAAAGUAAUGUCUGUUGGUCUGUGCAUGUGCCCUGGCUCACCUCAUGACUCUGAUCAAGGUGAUAAAAGUGAUAAUUCACAGGUGUUCCAGGCCAACAUUUUGCGAACCCGCAGAAACAGUACAACAGUGAUGAAUCGUCAUAGUCUGUUGAUUCCAUCAUCUCCUGUACGUAUUCCUAGCAGCCGCCUUCAUCAAAUCAAACAGGAAGAAGGAAUGGAUUUGAUGAACAGAGAAACAGUACAUGAACGGGAAGUACAAACAGCAAUGCAGAUCAGCCAGUCAUGGGAGGAAAGCUUGAGCCUGAGUGACAGUGAUUUUGAGAAAUCAUCCUCUCCCAAGCAAAUAGACUUUGUCCCAGUUUCUCCAGCUCCUUCACCCACCAGAGGAAUAGGGAAGCAAUGUUUCUCACCGUCUUUGCAAAGUUUGGUGAGUAGCAGUGGAUUACCUCCAAGCCCUAGCCCCAGUCCAACAAGACGAUUCUUAAACAGGAGAAGUCAGAGUCCUAUUCACUGUAUUCGCCCAAGUGUUCUUGGGCCAAUGAAAAGAAAAGGUGAAAUGGAUACUGAAGAUGAGCCAAAGAGAUUUUUUCAAGGAACUACUAGCAUGCUUUCUCCUGAAGUUUCACAUCUGACAGACCUUGGUGCAUGUCUGACUUCAGGUACUCCUGAUGGCAAUCAAAGCAGUGCUGGCUCUUCCUGUGAUUCACCAGCUGAAGUUGUCACCACCAGAGAUUCUCCAGCCUCAUUUUCCAAUUCCAGAUCUCAAUUUAAGCCCAUAGAUUUUUCAGCUAAAUUACCCACAAAUUGAGACUUUAUUACUCCUCUGCUGGAGGGUAAACAGCCAAGCUGGAGAGCAACAAGACAACGUUCUACAAUGUGUGACUGAGUUUCUUAUCUGAUCCUGUUCCUCAUAGGAACUUCCAGAAAUGUCUUUAUUUCUAGAAAACUUCCAUAAUAGUUCCUUGAGGAAGUUUAUAGUGAUUUGUAUGACAUUUACUAAAUACAGUUAGUGUUUAAACUCCAAACGUUCUCUUUAAUAUGCGAAUAUCUGCAUACAUGUUUUGACUUGCAAUAGAUCUUCUUGAUUGGCAUAAUACAUUGCAAAUACAUAUAUUAUUCUACAAGGGGAAACAAGGCAUUUUAAACUACAUCUUUUCAGUUGUCACCAGUUUGUAAUGGUGCUGAUCUAGGUAACAGAUAGCUUUUAUUGGAUUCUGUCAUUUUUUUUAUCAAGCUAAUCAACUGAUCAGUUUAUUAAUAUUAAUUUUACUCCACAAGCUGUGGGUAUUUCAUUUGCUGUUUUUUAAAAUGUAAAUGUGGGUAUCAAAAUAUAAUUGGUGCCUAAGUCCUAAUUUGUUCGGCUGCUAAUCAAUGUUAUGUUCUGAUUGGAUGAAAACUCAUAGACUCAUAGACUUUAAGGUCAGAAGGGACCAUUAUGGUCAUCUAGUCUGACCUCCCGCAUGAUGC